AGGCAGCUGCCACAAAUGGACAUCAGAGCUGUCCCAGAAGGCUGCACAGAAAGGCCACCCAGCACAAUACCCUGCGUCGGGUGUGGAUUUCAUGCAGGCUGCAGACAUCCCAGAUCUCUCUCAAUGCAAAUGAGGGUCAGGUUGGCGACAGAGCUCUCCGACUGCCCGGACGCGAUGGAGCAGCAUGGGAAGCAGUCAGUGCCGGCAGCUCGGCUGGACGCCAUCCUCCGGCACCUCUCCCCGCGGCUGGGAGCAACCCCUGCUCCCACAAGCGUUCCUACUUCAGCCCAAGCUAGUGCUGUUCCUCAACCAGGGAGUUUUUGCUACACCCUGGACAACGAUAUGCUCACCACAGAGCAAAGGCAGUUCUAUGAAGACAAUGGGUAUCUGCUCAUUAAGAAGCUUGUUUCUGACGAAGACAUUGAGCGCUUCAGGAAAGAGUUCAUAAGGAUCUGUAAAGAAGAGGUCAAUGUACCAGGAGCUAUGAUUAUGAAAGAUGAGUCCCUGAGAUCCCAGUACGGUCAGUCUGAAAAAGUAGUUAAUAAAGUGCAGGACUUCCAGGAAGACAAAGAGUUGUUCAGAUACUGUACUCUGCCAGAGAUCCUCAAAUAUGUUGAGUGCUUCACAGGGCCAAACAUCAUGGCAAUGCACACCAUGCUGAUAAAUAAACUUCCAGAUUCUGAUAAACAGACUUUUCUCCACCCCAUGCAUCAGGACUUGCACUAUUUCCCCUUCCGGCCUGCGGCCCGCAUCGUGUGCGCCUGGACCGCCAUGGAGAGGGCUGACCAGGACAACGGCUGCCUGGUUGUGCAGCCAGGGACGCACAAGGAACCCCUGAAGCCUCACAGCUAUCCAAAGUGGGAGGGUAAAGCCAACAAACUUUUCCAUGGGCUGCUUGAUGAGGAUGAGAAGAGUCCCAGGGUUCACCUUGUCAUGGAGAAGGGAGACACGGUGUUCUUCCAUCCCCUGCUCAUUCAUGGCUCUGGGAUAAACAAGACAUCAGGUUUCCGAAAGAGUAUAAGCUGUCACUUUGCCAGCUCUGAGUGCUACUACAUUGACGUUAAGAACACGACCCAAGAGCACCUGGAGAAAGAAGUGGUAGAAAUGGUUCACAAGAAAUACAACACGACUUCUGUGGAGCUCAGGGAUGUUUGGAAAUUCCGAGCACGGCUUGUGCAAGGGGAAAGAAUUAACCUGUAGAACAACCUCUGAAGAGCAGGGUGGAAAACACAUGCCUGAGAAUGAGCUUCUCUGAUCGGAGAGUGCAGACCCUGCCUCAGCAGGCAGAAUUAUGUGUGCUUUUUUGACCUCUGUAUUGGUAACUUAGCCAAAUGCUGCAUCGCAAAACAUUUUAUAGUAAUACAAAAUAAUUGCAGUGAGGUUGAAUGUCAAAGAAAACCUAACCUAGAAAAACAGAUUUGCUGUGGUUAUCUUAGACGAUUGCAGAAUUAAGGUCUUGAAAGAACACUUUGAUUUUCUUGGUGUUUUCAUUCUUGUUUUUUAAAAGUUUCUCACAUGACAUACCUUUGGAACAAUGCUAUACUAACAUAAGAUUUUAUGCAAGAAUUUAUGCAAGGGUGUGUUUUUUAAUGUUUCCAACUUCCUUUUCUACGCAAAAGAAAUAAAAUGAAUCAGAGUUUCACGCAAGCUCGGUAUGAGCUCACAUGGGAAGUUAUUAGUACAGCUGAUGAAGACGGGGAUAUUGGUACCAGCAGAAUCAAUGGUGUAAGGAACUGGAUAAAGGGGAAGCAGCAACCACUCACAUGGAAAAAUGGGAUUGAUGGGCUGCAACAUGAUCACUAGUAGAGUUCCUCAGACAUGACCUGGUGUGGCAUCAUAUCUUACCAAGCAGCGCUGGCACAAAUGAAAUAUGUGGCUGACAGGGUUGGGAACUACUGAGCCAGCAAAUCAGCCUCCCAUUGGCCUUGUACAACGGAUCCAAGGCUGUGUGAAAUGAGCGAGUCCUCCUUUGAGUCUGGUGGGUCUGGGAAAAGGUGCCUUUUGGCGCUGCCAGGUUGGGGAAUCAGUUGGAUGCUCCUCAGGAUGCACUGGUGGCAGGGUGGAGCGACGUGCAUUGAAAUGAUCCUCUUGCCUUUCACAACGUUUUUCCUUGCUUUCUGAAAGAUUCUUUUGCUUUCAGAAUCUGUUUUUGAAAUACAAAUUAAAUCAGCGCAAAACUGCA